AUGGGCCUCAAGACGGAUGAGGUGCGGUACGCCUCCGACGAGAAGCUGCGCGGCUACAUUCGUCGAUGCUUCGAGGAAAAGGGCUCCUGUUCCGUAAAUCAUCUGCGACAGGAGUUCAGUGUUGGCUACAACCGAGCGAAGAAGAUCCUCGACGAGGAGAAGGAACGAGUUGAAUAUGGGGAACGUGAACCAGAGGGAGCGCUGCUCCUCGGCCUCAGCGGAGAAGACGACCUCGGGCGCAAGGGACGAGGGAAGAACCGAGCAACUCACAAGUCGCCUCGGCCCGCUGAUGCCACCUUCGACGAUGCUCGCAUGCAGGGGCUCGAGGAAGACGUGAGCUACCUGCUGGGCAUGGGCAUGGGCGUACACGUCACGCAGCGAGAGCGCAAGCGUGGCCGUACGGAAGAUGAGAGCAUUUGCGAGACCGCCCUCAACACGCUACUCGCAAUCAACGGAAGCGAGAGCCCAGACACAACCAAGCCGAGCUCGGGCCCUGACCGAGCUGCCAGGUCGGCCGCGAAGUGGACGAUGCUGGAGAACGCCCGCGAGGAGCUGCAGCGCAAGCUCGAGGAGGCGAAGGAAAAGAGGAAACUGCUUCGAGGGCGAGCGAAGGACAGUGCUUCGGAAAGCCGCCGACGAAGGGCCAGCAAGUCGAUGGAGACGGCCUUGGGCGCGAGCAUGGGUAAGGUGAAGGCCAAGCUGGCCGAGAUCGAGAGCCUGCGCGAACAGCUCGACCGGGAAGUACGACGAUCCAAGGAGGAACGGCAGGGAGCAGCGGCAGGCCUGCCGUAUACGCCAACGACUGAGCGCACCGAGACCGAAGGCGAAAGAAUGCUGACGAGGAAGAGGCGGAGGGAGGCGAACAAUGGGCGUGGAAUCGAGUCCAACAUAGGUCUGGCAGAGAGGUUGCACAAGCUGCUCGAGACUAUAGCCAACCUCGCCAGAGAGUUGAGCGAGCAACACGACGCCAUCCGAGCCCUACCGCGCUGUGUUCCCGUCACCUUCACCUAUCCCGUGCCUACGCUGUCGUCCCAGGAAUUCAUCAAGUCCCUCGAGGCUCUCACUUGCUCCUCUUCCUCCGGCCUCCUCUCCCCCUCGCCAUCGCCGAGCUUCUCGAGCAGCCUGGGCGGUUCGCUCUCCUUCACUAUCCCCUGCGCGCCACCACCUUCGCUUGCCUCCUCGCUCUCCUUCACCUCUCUCCCGCCGCCGCUGCCCACCUUCACCGAUGCCGGCGGUGACGGCAUGCCAUCGUCUUCGUCGUCCUCGUCGAGCGCCACCGUCUUCUUCCCUCCGCCCCCGCUGCCCACUCUCCCCGUGUCAUCUGCUUUCCCUGCUUCCUUCCCCUACGUCGACUACAUUGUCGGCGUUCAACCGGGCGGCAGCGAGGCCGCGAAGAGCGCGACGAGCUCGUCGACGCCGAUCGUUCCCUCUACUUCACCGUCAGAUGCGAUCGUGGGCGACGACGUUGAGAGAAGGACCGCAAAGGCCAACGGACAGAAGAGGAGGCGAGAAAGAGGGACGAUCGUGAAGCACACCGAGCGCGACGGAGGAGGCAGCCAGAUGGAAGUGAAAGGAGCGAACGAAGAGGACGAAUGGCGCGUGGAGAUGCAGGUCGGAGACGGCAGCGACGAAGAAAAAGGCGGCGAUAAUGAUGAAAACCGCAACACCGACACCGACACCAACGGCAGCAGCAUCGGCGACCAAGAAGAAUCCGAGGAAGCGCCCGUCAAGAGGAAGAGAGGCAAACCCAGGAGGAGUCAGGAGAAGAAGACCCGUAGGUAA